AAGCGCAACUGCCUUCGCUUGCAUUCGUGACUCGCGACCAGCGACCAGCCAGCGACCACGCCGAUCGCCCACAUGUCCACAAGCUCAAAGUCCUGCUCAUCAUGACGCUCAACCCCUUUUCGCACCUUCCAGAUUCCGUCGAUCGCGUCUUUUCCUCUGCCUGCAGCGUCCUCUCCUUCUCCCCAUCCGGUCUAAGCAAGGGUCACUAUCUCGCCGUAGGUCGCACGGAUGGUUUCGUCGUCAUUUACGAUUUGGAGACGCGAUGCGCCGUCAGAAUACUCGAGGGUCACGUCAAGGCCGUCACCGCACUGGCUUGGAGCGGCAAGGAGAGAGUGAGGGCGAUGGGUGGUGGCAAGGGGACAGCGGCGGCGGGAGGAGGUAGGAUGCUGGCGAGCGCAUCGCUGGACGGCAUCUGCCUCGUGUGGGACCUCUCUAUGCUAUCCAGCACGACGGUGGAGCAGCAGCAGCGGCGACAGCAUCAUGCGCAUACACGCAUCUCCAGCCACUCUUUGCCUCCCUGCGGUGCCUAUGCCCGCUACAGGAUCAGACUGGAUGCGCCCCUCAUCGGCGUCGAGUUUCAGUACGGCGAUGCAAAUACCCUCUUGCUGACGCUCGAGACGCAACAAGCCGUCAUCGUUGAUCUGGGCGUGCGGCAAAGAGGCCUUCACAGGCACGCCGAUUCACGCUGCACUUGGCAAGCCGAAGAGGUCAUAGAGAAGCGCAUCGCUUUGGAGUCCCAUUUUGAUGCGAGCGACGGAGGCAUCGCAUCGGCCACUUUUCAUCCCUCGGGCGAGUACUUGCUCGCAGGAACAACGCGGGGACUCCUUCUGUUCUUUGCUCUGCGCACGCUCAACGUCGACGAGUACAGCGCGCGCUUGGCAAAUGUGCUCGCGAAUGAAGAUGCACCCAUUCGCGAGGUGCCUGCGAGGAUAGAUGUGGAGCUGGUGAGCAGGGUGAAUGUUGGGGGCGGAGCAGUGCGCCAGAUGCGGUGGGGCAAGAGUGGAAGAAACGUCGUUCUCAACUCCAACGACCGGAGCAUUCGCGUCUUUGCACUGUCCUUUAACAGCGUAGAUGGCGCGUCGAAUGGACACCCAGUCGCUAAUGGAGCAGCCACGCCAAGCGGGGAGCCAGCGCCAGAACAAUUCGCGCACUCCCCUUCGCACUCUCACACUCGCACUCUACCUGAAUUGACGCCGACGCACCGUUUUCAAGAUCUGGUCAAUCGCACGCCUUGGUCUGGCAUCGGAUUUUCGGCCGACGGAGAGUACAUUUUCGCAGGUGCUGCUCACGUCCAGGCGCACAAUAUCUACAUCUGGGACAGAGGUCUUGGAGCGCUAGAAAAGGUCCUCGAGGGCCCAAGAGAUAGCUUGAUGGACGUCGAUUGGCACCCCACUCGGCCUCUGCUUGCCUCGGCCUCGGCUGGCGCGGGCAGCGUCAACUUGUGGUUCACACCCGGCGCAGAAAUUUGGUCUGCCUAUGCUCCUGGCUUCGAAGAGCUGGAAGAGAACGUCGAGUACGAAGAGCGCGAGGACGAAUUCGAUGUGGAAGAUGAACUGGCAGCGACGAGGAGGAAGUUGGAUGAGGAGGAGGUGCUCGUAGAUAUUCUAGGUAGUGCACACGACCUCCGGGACCCCGUGCAACCGCGUGUUUUGCACAGCACAGGCUUCGGCCAGUUGUCCUCUGACGCUGACUCCAUCGAGAAAGUCAUCUACGUCGCACCCGAUCCAGACGACGAUCCCAACUUCGUCUUGCCCGUCGACCUGGCAGCCGAUCUCGACAGCAUGUUGGCGGAAGACGACGAUGAUUGAGAGCCGACGCGCGGCGCUGAGGAUGGCUUUUUUUUUUUUUUUU